CUUAGCUAGCUAGCUAACGCUAACGCUUCGCACCUCAGUGAGGACAAGCAUUCUUUAGCGGUCUUCUGCUAGCUAACUUGACAGCUAGCUUGAGGGUUUCCUGGGUAUACAGCUAGGUAGCAGAGCGAGCUAAUCACCUUUCUCGUUUUCGUACAACUCACACAUUAUAUGGUUCUUCACUAUUUGAAAGAGGCAGUGAAGGAGUGUGUAGUUAGCACGUUGUUGCUGAGGAUAUUUUCAGUAUUGUAAUAACGCUUAUGCCAACUAAGAACAAAGACACAUGAUGUUAUCUGGCUAGCUGUGACUAUCGUCCGUAAACAUUUGCUGCCCCCUGCUAGCUGAUAUUAACUGGUUAAUCAAGAUCAGUUGGCUACAUUUUGUGCUUACAGUUAUUUAGAUAUUCUAACGUCUUAUGGGAGCUGAAAUAUUGUCACAGCAAUAGUCCGGCAUAAACUGAACUUUGCGUUGAUUUAAUACACUCAACGCGCAAACGUAGCAGAUGUGUUCACAUACUGUUAGACCAUAUCAUUAUAUUAUCUUUCACCAUUAACUUCCUAGUAGUGUGGUGUUUCACAAAAUACGGAUUUUUCAAGGAAAACGUCCAUAAAUUGUGAUAAUGAAAAUGCUGAAUUAAGAUCAUGUUUGUUUAUUUGCAGUCUGGCUUCCUUUUCCUUUUUCCUUUUUCCUAGGCCACAUGCAAGCUAUACAUUGUAGUUAUUUAUGCUACAGUCGUGCACUGUAGCAUAAAUGCAUGUAAUUCAUUUCCCCUCGUAAGCUAGCCUACCUUUUACCAAAGACCAGGGGUAGCCAACAGUCUGCAUCGGUUCAUCGCAGUUUAAUACCUUAGCAGGUGAUUUAACUGUUGAGUACCUCCCCUGGAAGGUGUGUUUAUUCGUGGGCGGAGUCUUAGUUGGAACGAAAACCUGCCAGUUGGCUCUUCAUGGCCCACGAUGGACCAGUGUCCACUAGCAUGUCGUGCAAGCAUGUAAAUAGUGGCACCUAAUUAUGGAUCCAGUCCAUUUAUGGAGUUUCAGAUGGCCACAAGGAUCCUUCGGUGACGCAGGUGACCCAGUCUGCCCCUCCUGGUGGUCUGGAGGAGUAUAACCCUUUCACAGACUCCAGAACGGCUGCACCUGGAAAUGCGCACAAAUCUACUCCUGCUCCUUCCCAGAACACACAACCUGCCAUCAUGAAGCCCACAGAAGAGCCGCCAGCAUACUCACAGCAACAGACUCAGGACCAAGCGCGUGCUCAGGCUGAGUUGUUGAGAAGGCAGGAGGAGCUGGAGAAGAAAGCAGCGGAGCUUGAUCGUCGGGAGCGAGAGUUACAGUCCCACGGAGUUGCAGGACGUAAGAACAACUGGCCUCCACUGCCAGAGAAAUUCCCCGUUGGCCCAUGUUUCUACCAUGAUAUUGCAGUGGACAUUCCUGUAGAGUUCCAAAAGACCGUCAAGAUCAUGUACAACCUUUGGAUGUUUCAUGCAGGCACACUCUUUGUGAACAUGUUUGGCUGCCUGGCCUGGUUCUGUGUGGAUGCAUAUCGUGGUGUAGAUUUCGGCCUGGCCAUUCUAUGGUUUCUGCUGUUUACCCCCUGUUCUUUUGUCUGCUGGUACAGACCGCUUUAUGGGGCUUUCAGGAGUGACAGUUCAUUCCGCUUCUUUGUCUUCUUCUUCGUCUAUAUCUGUCAGUUUGGAGUUCAUGUCUUACAAAGUAUUGGCAUCACUGGUUGGGGGACAUGUGGCUGGAUCGCAGCUUUGACUGGCCUGAACACCAGUAUCCCAGUGGGCAUCAUCAUGUUACUGAUUGCAGCUCUGUUCACUGCACUGUCUGUUGGUUCUCUCAUUAUGUUUAAAAAGGUGCACGCACUGUAUCGUACUACUGGUGCUAGUUUUGAGAAGGCUCAGCAGGAGUUUGCAACUGGGGUCAUGUCUAACAAGACCGUUCAGACCGCAGCUGCCAAUGCUGCAGCUAAUGCUGCAUCCAAUGCUGCUCGUGGGGCCUUCAAACCUUAGCCAUAGACUAACACACACACGCACACACACACACACACACACACACAAACACUCAAAAGUUGGAGGUGCACAACUCUGGCCCUGCAGACACUUAAAUCAAAUUGAUUCUAUUUAUGAAUGUUGUGCUAAGAUUGCGCUGCACACUUUAAAAAGUGCAAAGAGUCAGACACCAGAAACAUCAGAGAAAUCGGUCAAAUAAAGUGAGCAGAGUUGUCCGCCUUCAUUUAAAAACAAACAGUAAAAACUCUCCUACAUCCUUCUUGUCUGCUUUUCAGUCAGAUGACUGUCUGCUCACAUCCCUUGAAACAUCCACUAAGUGACUCGAGGUGUGACAGAGUGAGUGGGAUUUCAUCUCACUCCUUUGCUUAUCCUGUUCUUCUGUCACCUUCAGGUGAUCCUAGGUCAGUCAGAGGUCACAGUUCUAGCAUACCUUAUUUUUGUCCUGCUGAUGACCUCCAAACAGCUUCUUGCCUGGUUAAUACAGUAUAGAGUCAUGAAAAGUGAUAAUCUGAUCAUGGUGUUUUGCACAUAGUUCUGUUUUCUUGGUCACAUAUGGAAAGUACAGUAUAUGUUUAAAUGGCUGGGCUUGUGUGUGAAUGUGUACUUCACUUAUAGAAAACUGAGGCUCUGACUUUUUUUUUUUUUUUUUAAGUCAUUGAGAUCUGAAAGGUAAAUUGUACCUUAUCUUAUAUCUGUGUUUCUAUUCUGAGAUUCUUGACAAAAACCAUCCUGGUAGUCCAUAUAAACAGAAAUAUGUGGGUGUGCUCUUAUUUAAGGACCUGUUUGCAGCCCCCCCAGCAGUGCUCCAGUGAUACUUGAACAGUUAUUCCAACUUUGUGUGCUACUUUGAUUGUCAGAGUGUGCUGGGUCAGCAUCUCUGUGGCUUACUAAGAUUUGACAGCAUGAUAGCAACAUGCAUGUUUAGCACACUCGAUAGCUUCUUUUUAUUUAUUUAUUUAUUUUUUUUGAAAAGACAUUCUGUUCACUGUAAGCCUUUUUCUCUGGCUGCUGGCGGUAGUUGGUUUUGGGGGGAUGUCUGCCCACUUAUUUUCCCUUUUGGUUUCUAAUGAGAAGUGAUCUGUAAAGUUAUUGCAUGUCCCAGUGGCUGUUUGACUGACUAAUAAUAUUUGGAUCUGUUUGUGAAGACGCACUGAGCACCAAGGUCACCAGUAGGUCACCAGCUCUCACCAAAAACCUACAAGAGGUUCAGUCUGAUGCUUUCAUGGCCCGGUGCACUAAACAGGGAAAAAAAUGUGAGAAUUAUUCACAUUUUCCUUUAUGUAUGUGUGUUUGACUUUUAACAGACUACUAUGUGGUUCUCCCUCAGAUGUUUUUGUAGCCCCUCACGUUUGAUUAAAAACUAACGCUGCUAUGACUCUGAGAGCCGCUUGGUUGUGGCUUCCUGCUGUCAAGGUUCCUCAUAGCAUUUAUAGGGAGAACUGAGGAAAGUCACCUCUCUCUUCUCAUGGAAGAUAUCCUGGACAGCAGUAAAGCUACAGUUUUUCUUGAGAUUAGCCUGCAUACAUAAAAUGCUAAAAACCCUGAUGCUGUGUAGAUGUACCUUACAUAGACUAACAGUUCGUUUGCAUUUUUACAGACAGGAAAGUCAGUCCAGUGAUUUUUCCUCUGUCAGUAUUGGAUCACUGGCAUCAGGUGUUUCACAGUCAAAUUGAGCAUUGAGGUAACAGACCUAAUGCACAUUCAGUGAUAUCAUUAAGGUACAUUAAAAUAUAUAUGAUAAUAACAGUGUUAUUCAGCACUGUAUUGUACAGACUACUGUCACUGGAGUGAAAUAGGAACGUGGGUUACAUAUGUAUCAUGCUUUCGCACCUCUCAUUGUGGUGGUGAGUGUCUGAAGAUGUGCAUGAUAGAUGACUGAUGACCGUUACCGCUGUCAUUACAAAUGUAGAAACUGAACGCAAUGGUGGACGAAAUACUCCUGUGAGAAGCUGAAGGUCAGUAAUUAGAGACGGAAUAAGAAGACUACAUCUUGGCAGUCUUGUUUGGAAGUAUUCUGUUUUAAAUUCAUUGCACAUUUCUUGUUUUACGUUGAACUUAGUGGAAAAGACAAACAUGUUUUUAUUUAUGGUAUAAUUUAAGUUUGCAUUUAUGCUUUGUUUGGUUUGAUUUCAUAUCAUGUAUUAUGUUUUUGUGAUUUUGUAAUGACACGAUCGUAGCAUCAGCUAGAUUUAAAAGUGUUUAAUGACUUUGCCACCUGACCCUGCAAGAAGUGUGUUUGUGUGGAUGAGGAUGUGUGCAUGAUUGGUAUGAAAGGAAAAAAAAUCUUUCUCAAGUGUUAUUCUAUGUACUGAAAAGCUGUGAUAAAUCUACCAAAUGUCCAUAUAGAUUUGUUUUCAAAUCUUGGUUUGUAGUGUGUUCCCUUUGCCAAGUUUUACUUUAGGACAUUACAUGACUUUUCUUUGCUUUCAAACCCCCACAUGAUUCUGUUGCAGCUAUGGUUGAAAAUAGUCGUUACAUGAAGCCAUGCCACAGUGGGUAAUCUAUUGAUGUAUUUGGCGAGCUGACCUGCAGUACAUAAUGGCGUGUCUGUAGUUUGCUGACAACAAAGCUGUGUUUUUGACCUGUGACCAUGUUAUUUCACUGAAUCAGAAAAGAAACUCAUUCAAAAGGGACACUUGUAUAUUAUGUAAAGUUAAAAAUUUGAUCCCCAUUAUCAAUCACAUGUAAAAAGAAAACGUGAUGCACUCCUGUCUGGCCUUUGUUGCAUGUGAAAUAGUUUGAGUUUUGUAUAUUUAUGGUAUUAACAUGAAAUAAAAUUUGAAAGAAACA